AACCCGGCCUAUAAAAUCUUAACCCCUCAAUUCAAAGGCUGAAAACGCUAUUCCUUCUUCUUCGUGUUCGUUCGUUGUAGCGUGCGUAGCAGAGAGUACAGAGAGAGAGAGGAGAAAAUGAUUAUCCCUGUUCGUUGUUUCACCUGUGGAAAGGUCAUUGGAAACAAAUGGGAUUCGUAUCUUGACUUUCUGCAAGCUGAUUACACUGAAGGAGAUGCACUGGAUGCUUUGGGUCUGGUUCGUUAUUGUUGUAGGCGCAUGCUUAUGACCCAUGUUGACCUUAUUGAGAAACUACUGAAUUACAAUUCUCUUGAAAAGCAUGAUGCCAAUUGAGGAUUCAUACAGAACUACAGACGACCAAGAUAUGUCAGUUGCACCGCAAGUCCUAUGGCCAUAAGUCAAUAUUUUUGUUUUUGUCCUUUUCCAUCUAUAAAUUGUGUUGUAACAAGCAGUUUUAUUGUGUUCUGGAUCAGUUGUAGUUGUUGAGAGGCUACUGUAAGGUGCAGCUUAUGCUAAUUACUUUUUAAUUUUAGAAUGUGUGAUAUACAUAUGUGUUUUAGUAGUUAUUGUAGAAUAUCUGAAAUUGGGUUACUA